AUGGCAGACGUCAGUCUCCACGAUGGCCCUGCGCCUUCUGCGCCGUCCCCGCGAGAUGCCGAUGCGCCACGAGCAAGUGCUGAUUCCGCCGGCCACUCGGCGAUCUCAGAUGAGCUUAAGGCUCGUAUGGACAAAGUUGUUUACUCAGAUAUCGGUAUCACCACCCUCCUGACCCGGUUGAAACAAAGCGUCGCCUCGGCUAGGGAUUUCUCAACAUUCCUUAAGAAGCGAUCUUCUCUGGAAGAGGAGCAUGCUCAAGGCUUGCGAAAAUUGUCCCGCUCUCUCCUCGAUGCCUCCGUCCGCACCGAUAACCGUCAAGGUACCUAUGGCCAGAGCCAUAAUGACCUGAGUCGAUUUCAUGACCGCAUGGCGGAUCAUGGACUGCAGUUCGCGGUGUCCCUGCAGCAGAUGGCUGAUAAUCUUCACGAGUUAGCGUCAAAUAUUGAGCGAGGUCGCAAGCAGUGGAAACAAACCGGCCUGAGUGCGGAAAAGAGAGUGCUGGAGGCAGAGGCAGCAGCGGAGAAAGCGAAGGCCAAAUACGAAUCGCUUGCGGAGCAAUACGAUCGGGUAAAGACAGGAGAUAAGCAGGGUGGAAAGUUUGGUCUAAAGGGUCCAAAGUCGGCCGCUCAGCAUGAGGAAGAGCUGUUCCGCAAGGUCCAAAAUGCAGACUCGGAUUAUGCGUCCAAAGUACAAGCGGCCCAAGCGGCCCGGCAGGAGUUGGUUUCCACCCACCGACCUCAAGCUGUGCACAACAUCCAGCAAUUGAUCUCGGAAUGUGACUCUGGCCUUACGUUGCAGAUGCAGAAAUUCGCAACUUUUAACGAGAAACUUCUACUGGGUCAGGGAUUAUCUAUCAGUCCCCUGAAAGAUAGUGCGGGGAAUGCUGCCACCGCACCGAAGAGUCUCUAUGAAGUUAUCCAUCAGAUUGAUAAUGACAAAGACUACCGCGAUUAUGUGCUAAGCCAUCAGAAUAAUCCCGGGGCGGUAACUUCAGAACAGAUUAAGUAUGAACGCCAUCCGACGCUUGGAGGUACUACUGGGCCUGUUGUCCCAGCCUCUCAGACUAGUACACAAAACAAACGCAAUUCGUCAAUGUUGCUUCAGUCAUAUUCCCAGCAACAUCUUCCGGCUCAGUCUUCGCAACAGUCUCCCGCACCAGCACCACCAGCUGCAGCUCCCGUUCCAAACACUCCGCAGUCGUCUUACCCGCACAAUCCAGACUCUUACCCAUCCUCAACAUUCCAGCCGCCUUAUCCAGUGAGCGAAGGUCCCGCUGUGCCGGAAAAGCAGCCCUUAAAUCCGCCAUCCCUGGCAGCGGCACCGACCCCGUUGCCACCAGCUGGAGGAACUGGAGGCAACUUCCAGCAGCACCUUCCCCCGUUGAAACCAGUCUUUGGGGUUUCUUUGGAAGAUUUGUAUUUGAGAGAUGGAACCGCCGUUCCAAUGAUUGUGUACCAAUGCUUCCAAGCCAUUGAACUUUUUGGCCUGGAUAUGGAGGGCAUUUAUCGACUUUCCGGAAGUGCGAAUCAUAUCAAUCAGAUGAAACAACUUUUCGAUAAUGAUUCAGCGCAGGUCGAUUUCACAACCCCGGAAAACUUUUAUCAUGACGUAAACAGUGUUGCUGGGUUACUCAAGCAGUUCUUUAGAGAUUUGCCUGACCCUCUGUUCACAUCGCAGUCUUAUGCUGACUUCAUCAACGCAGCCCGCAUUGACGAUGAUGUUCAGCGUCGAGACUCACUUCAUGCGCUUGUAAAUAAUCUUCCCGACGCACACUACGCCACACUGAGAGCCUUGACCCUGCAUCUCCAUAAGGUGCAAGAACAUUACACCCAAAACCGUAUGAACGCAGGAAACAUUGCCAUCUGUUUCGGACCUACUCUUAUGGGUGCCAAUUCCGGCGGCAAUGUCGCCGACGCUGGUUGGCAAGUCCGGGUUAUAGAGACGGUUCUUUUGAACACUUUCCAGAUCUUCGAUGAUGAUUAGUUGCGCCUCGAGAACAAAAGGCCAUGGCCAUCUUUCUUCGUUUGCCUUGCCUUGCAAGCCAACCUCCUUUUUCUAACGUAUGUAUAUAGUGAUAUUUGGACCGGUGAAAUAUCCUGAUGAGAUAUCAUUACUUGCCUAUAAUGUAAUUCUAGUGGAUUUAGCGCAAUCAAGUCGUCUUCAGUUCGGUUUUGAUCAUGUCACGUUCUUUCUAUGAUUGAAUUGACGAAGCCUGUUGGAUAAUUACAAGUUGGAAAAUGACAGCAAAAACCGGAUAUAGUACAAAUGAUGAAGUGUGGCAAUGCGAAGUCCUUCGAGAGCCCGCUGAAUACAUGGUGAGAAUGCAAAAACCCGGGAACAUGGGGUAGUUUUAAGACACGGGUAGAAUCGAAAUUGGCUGUCAGAGGCACAGCAUGAUCCUGUAAGGGGGAAAGAUGAAGUGAGAUGACAUUCUCAACGAAAAGCCAGGGCACUUUUUGUACGUCGUGACGAGGCAAUGACAUGCCUCUCGCUCAUUCUGGAGAUGAGUGCCAGGAGUCUGGGCUCUACCUCUUAGCCAUUAGGGGCUCGUUAUACAGCUAUU